GUGAAACCUGCGUUGACAUGUAGAGCUGCAGACGUUGCUUUCCGUCGUUCCAAUGGGAAAAAGGAAAGACAUGAUUCACCCCAGGUUUCUCGGCGAAGGCAGCUCCGGUCUGCACAGCAUCCACAAGCGGAAGCACAAAAAGCACAAGAAGCACAAGAAGAAACACCACAGCUUUGUCGAGGCCCCGGAGCCACAGCCCAUCCCUGUCCCCAUCCCGGUCCCCGUCCCUCGGCCGCCGUCUCAGUUCAGACUGAAGAUCAAACUGGGGGGGCAGACUCUGGGCACCAAGAGUGUUCCCACCUUCACCGUCCAUCCUGGCGUGGCUCGUCCUCCCUCGCCGCUGAUGAUCCUCGAUAACGACGUGGACGAUGAUGACGAAGACGAUGAUGACGAUGAGCCCUCUGUACCUUUGGAGCAGUACAGAGCUUGGUUGGAUGAAGACAGUAACAUGGCUGCGUCCCCUCUGCCAGACAUGGACUCCGACUCCAUGCUGGGCGGGCCCGUGGACGAGGAGGAGCGGUGGCUGGAUGCUCUGGAGAAGGGCGAGCUCGAUGACAACGGAGAGUUGAAGAAAGAGGUCGACGAGUCCCUGCUCACCGCCAGACAGAAAGCCCUUCUGCACAAGCAGCAGAGCCAGCCUCUGCUGGAGCUGCCCAUGGGCUACAAGGAGAAGGAGAUGACGGCCGAGAUGAUGCAGAAACGGGAGGAGAGAGCCCGGAAGAGGCGUCUGCAGGCGGCCAAGAAGGCCGAGGAGAACAAGAACCAGACCAUCGAGAGACUGACAAAAACCAGCAAGGCCAAGAUCAAAAGCCUCAAAGAGAGAAAGUCCAAGCAGAACCAGUGUCCCAUGGUUCGCUACAGCGACUCGGCACAGGGAAUCGCCAUCUCCUUCCCCGCGGGCGUCCCCACGCCGGUGCCGGCUCCCGCUCCGCCUCCGCCGGUGGCUCCGGUGAACUGUGGCGUGACGGGGUGCACCAACUUCAAAAAGUACUCUUGUUCUAAGACUGGGGUUCCUCUCUGCAGCCUGGAGUGCUACAGGAAGAACCUGCAGCUUGUGCAGAGCGCGGCGUGAACCAUUAUGUUUGUUCCUCACAUCGGACACCCUGAUGUGAACGGUAUAUUUUUUGAAUUUACUGUCUUUUUUGAGAAAUGAAUUCAUUUUCAGUGUGGCGUGA